GCACACUCCAUUACCGUCGAGCUUGAACGACGACCAUAGCAUUCUGCACUCAGAGAUCAGGCAACAACCCAGACGACAGGUGCCAUGGCCUCCCAGCUCUCCGCCGCCGCGGCCAUGGCCGGCGUGCCGCAGUUCCACGGCCUCCGGGGCUACGCCUCGCCUCGGUCCGCGGUGGCGUUGCCGCCGGUGAGGGUGGGCAGGAAGAGGUCGCAGGGCGUCCGGUGCGACUACAUCGGCUCAGCCACCAACCUGAUCAUGGUGACGACGACGACGCUGAUGCUGUUCGCGGGGCGGUUCGGGCUGGCGCCGUCGGCGAACCGGAAGGCGACGGCGGGGCUGAAGCUGGAGGCGCGCGACUCCGGCCUGCAGACCGGCGACCCGGCCGGGUUCACGCUCGCCGACACGCUGGCGUGCGGCGCCGUCGGCCACAUCCUGGGCGUCGGCAUUGUCCUCGGCCUCAAGAACACCGGUGCACUCGACCAGAUCAUCGGCUAGAUCCAGUAGCCUGAGCUGCUAAGCUAAUGGUGCCUAUGUAACGUGUGUACAUUGAUUGUGCGUCCAUGCAUCUUGUUCCAAUGGACAUAGCUUCUUCUUGGUCUUUUUGGAAUGCCGGAUUUAUUAUUAUCACCUCAGAGCUUAAGACGUAAAGGAUCAGUCGUGGACCUUCUUCGAAUGCGGGAUCUAUUU